AUGAAGAUAAUGGGGCAGCCACCGCCAGGCGCUAAGAUCAUUGUCGGUCCGCCCCCACCAGGCGCGAAAGCUAUGCUCGGCGCGCCGCCUCCGGGAUUCAAGAUCAUGCACAGCUCCCCACCACCAGGCACAAUGCACGUAGCGUCGCCGCCGCUGAGCAGCACGCCGCCGUCGCUGUCGCAUGAUAACACGCCUCCGCUCCCACCGGGGAUGGCUGCGAAGACCCCAAUGAAGAUGUUGCCGCCAGGAGCGAAGCUGAUUAGCGGACAACCGCCUCUCGGAUCGCGGCCAGUGUCGCCAGAGGAGGCGAGACACUCAGCGACGAGCCCUUCCCUGAUCCCGUCGCGCUCGGUGUCGCCCACAAACGCGACCGUGUUUCGCAUUCUGCCAAACGGUGUAAAAGUGCUUGUGAGUCCGCCCACCGUUGGAGGACCCGUCCACCCGGUGAGCAAGGCGCUACCUGGCCACCUUAGUCCACCGCUGCCAGCGAAGUCUCCGCCCAAUACGCUGAUCAAGUCAAUGAGAGAUUCGAACCUGGGAGGGGCACCGACAGCCCCGGCGUCGCGCACCACGGCGCCACUGAUCCCUCCGCAGAACGUGAACGUUUCUGUCGGACCCAAGCUCUUUCCAGGGCCGCAACAGCAGCUCCCAAAGCCGACGCCGGUGCGACCCGGUGGUAGCAUCGUGAAGGCAGUCGAGGCUCCCCACCGCACUCCUCCCGGGCGCAAGCAGCAGACAUCGGCUGCCAAGGAACACCAAAGCGAUGUGCAAGUCAAGAUGCACAAGUCGGAAAGCGACGAGUUCACCUUUCAGGAGGAAGACAACUUAGACAACUCCACCGACAUCCAGUUUGAGGAGGCGCCAUCAGUGAUGCCAUCGGAUUCGCCGCGGGCUGGCGCGGCGGUAGCGGAGCUGCGCCGCAUCUCCUCGUCGGGCUCCUCGUCCUCGUCGCUGUCCCUCCGCAAAGACCCAGACGAAGCCACGGCGCUGCCAACGGUGAUGAAGCCGCACAGCAGCACUGCGCCAACAGUGAUAGCGUCGCCGUCCUCCCCAUUGUCUGCCGUGGGUACAGUUGCACCUGUGGAGUACGAGAAGAGCCUGCACAGGCACCGCUCACAGGAUGGGGCUAGCAAAGGGGCGAGGAAAAAGAAGCGCAAGGGCCGCCACGCGUCGCCACGGGACGACAGGCUGGACGACGGCAAGUCGUCGCGCAAGCAGAGACGCAAUCAUCAUUACCACCGGUCGCACUCCAGCGAUGUGGGCAAUAUCUCCAGGAGCUCGGCGUCGCUGCAGUCCUAUUCCGCUCCCGGUGCUCCAGUGAGCGCCUCGCCUGCGGCGGUGGACGACAAGCAACGCCGCACACCACCGCAGCGGGCGGCAGCGAGCGGUAAAGACGACGUCGUAGACACCCCAGGGGAGCUAGGUGGCGAACAGCUGAGAGAACUCGCCUUUACGCCAGAGGCGCUCACUUCUGCUUCACGCGACCGAAUCGCAGAGGACUUCUUGUCGAUUCUCUGCCCUCAGCAGUAUUACGGUAAGGUGCAGAAGAUCAGUCGUAUCCGAGCAUUCAAGGCGGACCGUUCUGCCGCUACGGGCCUGCGCAGCAGCACCUCGAUCUACGUCGCGACAAAAGGUGUGAUGCCGAACCCGUACUUCUACCCUCAGCUGCGGCUGCGCAACAGCGAUGGCGAAAAGCUCGGCAGCCUCGCGCGCGCUGACGAAGUGGCCGAGGGUGUCGUGAACACGCCAAUCAUUCUCUACGAAGCCACUCCUGGCAACAUGCUGUUCGCCGGCACGGAGCUCGAGGCACGGCGCUUGCUCGAGAGUAACCGGAACUUUAACAGCUGCUUCAUGCUGAGCAACUCAGCCAUUCUCUUUAGAGCCCCUGAACAGUACGUGGUGCCCAUCGCUUCGCUGAACGUGCAGUGGGUGCCGUACACCUCACCGCAGUCUGAGCCGCAGUGCCCUGUGCACAGGCGCGAGUUGCAGCUUUUCGACCCGUGCUCGAAGGAGCUCGUCUGCGCCCUGUGCGCGUCGCGCAACUGCAUUCCCAUGUCGAACUUUGUUGUCAUCCCCGACGUGCUCGGCAACCUCGACUCGCGCCGCACGGUCGAAGAAAAGGUGUCUGUUCAGCUGGACGAGGCGCAGCAAUCGGCGAAGCGGUGGGUGGAGCAGCACCAGCGGGUGCGCGAGCUGUGCGAAAGCAAAAAAGACGCCAUCCGCAACCAGUUCAAUCUUCUCAUCAACGCCCUCGAGGCGAAGAAGAAGGAGUACAUUGAGGCGUGUGAGGCGGAGUUUGCCUACGCGCAGACGGACGUCGCCCGCGAAAUCCUCAUCACAGAUGAGAAGGUGCAGCUGCUGCGCGCCGCCACGGACCACCUCCGCACCGAUCCGUCGAAGCCGCUUUUCUCCAUGCAAAUCGCAACCAUCGCCGAGGGCUUGAGCGCCUCCACGGACCUGCCUUCGCGCUUCACGCGUGCUUCGCUGCGGCUGCCCCCGAUGAGCGCCGGUCUAAUGCCGAACUUAGAGGGCGUCAUGUCGCAAGUGCUGGAGCUCAGUCCGCAGCUGUCCCCCUCGGGAGCUAGAGGCGGGGAAUAUUGUACGGAGGACCUGUCUCUCUCCAACGCGCCGUACAAACGGCCGAACUGGAAGCUUUCCAACGAUGGUCGGUCUGUGGAGGAGGCCGUGAACAUCGUACACAGAGAUCGCUGGCGUUUAAGCGGCACCCGUGCCGCUGCUGCUGCCGCUUCCCCUGCCAAGUCGCCGCGCCCUGCAAGCCGAAACGCGGAUGCGUCGCCGCUGCUUAACAAUGGUCGUUCCGCCUGUUCUAGCUCUCCUGCCCGACCUGCUCUUUCUGGGCCUGUGGCGACGCGCGAGUACGUGAGAAGCAUGUCUGGCUCUUCUCAGAAGCGAUCUCUCGCGGGGUCAGCUUCAUCGGUGCAGUUUGCCGCGGAUGCGGUGUCUGUGCCGAACAGCACCGGCACUUCCCUCUUCGAUUUUGCCCUUCACCACCUACUAAGCACCUUGAGCGCGUCGAAUGUGAAACGGUGGUCACCGCGCUACGUGCAGUGGGCCAUCCGCAUCGAUGAUCCGGGUGACUGGGUCGGCCUCGGCGUCGGUGUUGGCAACACGAUUGAGGCGUGGGAGCAAGGCAGCACAAAUGACCUCUCUCACUUGUGGAUUGUACCGGCGUCCAUGACGGGCCAGGUGUUGUACCUGCGCGUUGCAGUGAGCUCCAGCAGCGGACACGCGAAGCUGACGGUGCACGACGUGCGUGGAAAGCAGGUAGACGGUGGUGAGGUGCCGCAGUGGAACGCGGCCCGUCCGUCCUACCCGCAGGCCACGUUUGGUGGGGGUAUCGGAUCUGUUCGGAUGAUCGAGAUCCCUCACGUUGUGCACUGA